AUGGCAGCACGAAGUCGUCGUCCGCGAGGUCUCUCAGCAAAUCACAUCAAUGAGGAGGAGCGCUUGCAGACCAUUUUGAACGACAAGUCGGCCUUGUCUUGCAUUCGCCUGCUUGGCAAAGAGAACUGGGUCAAGGUGGAAGAGCGGCCCAACUGCUUUUACUGCGCCCGCAAGUUCCGCCCAUUCUCGAUCAAACGUCAUUGCCGCUCUUGUGGAGAGAUUGUCUGCUCCAACUGUUACCGGCGACGACGUGUGAGUGUCACUCCGACCUUGGAAGUCACGGUGCGUCUCUGCUUUGACUGCAUCGACAAAGCCAUGCUGCAGGCUGAAAGCGAGCACCUUCGUAGCAGUGUCGCUGCCAGGGGCAAGCCACGAUACACGAUGGAAACGGACAGCACGGAAGUAGCCACAAAGCAGUGCAUCUCGGACGGGAAAAAGACGUGCCGGGACAGCACGCAGACUGCCUGCACGACAAGUACAUCCAUCUGCAGUCGCUUUUCCGACUUCUCUGGCUCCGACAACUGGAGUGAUGUAAACAGCGACGUCAGCGACAGCUGCAGCCUCGCCGGAAGUGGCGGGUCGCUCAGUGGUAGCCAGCGUGACAGUCGUCGCGGACAGCCAGUGAUUCCUGCAACCAGUCUGAUCGAAUUUCUCCCUGAAGAAAAGCAGUCCAAGAUCUAUGAUGCCCAUCGACACGAGAUCCUGACACGAUUCAAUGUGCUCGACUCGGAGCCCGAGAAGGAAUACGACGCGCUAUGUGAGCUUGUUCGUCAGGUGUUCGAGUGCAACGUCGCCGCCGUGGCUUUCAUGGAUCAGACGCGGCAAUGGUACAAGACUCGAUACGGUAUCACGCAGACUGCACUGCCACGUGAAAUUGCGUUUUGCUCGCAAUUGCUGCAGACGCCACUGCCGACAAUUGUCAUGGACGCGACCAAAGACCCUCGCUUCAGCCAGAACCCGCUCGUCACGGGCUCAGCUAACAUCCGUUUUUACGCCACUGCACCAAUUUGCGACCCCAGCACUGGCAUCGUUAUCGGUUCUGUCUUCGUAAUGGAUCCAGAGCCGAAAGAGAAGCUGCCAUCGCGCGCAAGGGAGGUAUUGUCGUACGUGUCUUCCGCUGCUGAAAGGCUUCUUCAAGAAAGAGCUGCGGCACCUGUCUUGCCUACCCUGAAGCACAGACGUCACUUAUCCGUUGGCCGCCGCACGCGUCAAGAAUCGUUGCCACCGUUUCGAGAAAUCCGAGCAUCCUCUCUUCAGAGCGUACCUGAAGAGAUCGAAGCCGGUGACUUUUGCAUGACCCAGCCACGGUCGAAUGCAUCUAGCAUAUCAUCGAACACUAGCACAUGGAGCAGCCAGUCUGACAGCAUGCGCUCUUUGGAGCCGAAACCUCUCGUGUCUUCGCAGCAACAACAUCGCCAGCCUGUGAACCCGGACACGAGAUGGACAUCUUCAGUAUUAACAGACGCUUGCAACACGUCAAGCUCGAAACUCAGUCUCACGGACUUGGUCUCGUCGAUACCAAAGAGUUUCCCACCGACGCCACGAAAGAUCCUCGACUCGUCAUGUAUCGAGCUCUUUCAUCGCAUCGCUUCCACCCAGCAGCUCCUGGCAAAGCAACAUGACACGCUGUUGGCAAUGUUGACACAACCUUCGCUACGCUCUAGCUCUAUCGGACACACAGUAGACGAGUCCGCAGGUAUCUUGGCUAUGCAGCAAGCACGCAGCCUGCUACAUAAUGUCGGCUCAGUGGACCGAAGGCCAGUCGAUCUGUAG